CUCACCCUCCGCGUGCACGAACGAGUCAGUCUCUGCGCCGCUGCCACCCGAAACACAGCUCUCUCGGUCAACGCCAACCCCAAAUCUUCACUCAGUCAGAACAGGCUAACCAAACCACGCACUUUACAAUCUUAGUCGCGGUUAUUGAGAGAGGCAGAGACGUGUCAAGUGGUCCUCUCUCUCUCUCACACACACAAUCAGCUCGACUGGCUGCUGAAGUUGCGGCGGUAAAAGCGCUCGUGCAGGUCACCAAAAGAUGAGGCAGUAAGGGAAGUUUUGCGGCAGAGGAAGCGAGCGUGGCCAAAGUGGGAUCGUCGUCGGAGCAGACUGCGGUGUCCGUGAUGGCGGACCACGGCGAGCGGAUCCGGCUGGUGAUCCUGGGCGGCGCCGGCGUUGGCAAGAGCUGCAUCAUCAAGCGCUUCCUCUUCGGCACCUACUGCGACAGGUACAAGUCCACCGUCGAGGACCUCUACUACAGGGAGUACGACCUUGGAUCGGUCACGCUAAAGGUGGACAUGCUGGACACGUCAGGCGACCUGCAGUUCCCCGCGAUGCGCCGUCUGUGCAUCGCGACGGCGCACGCCUUCCUGCUGGUCUACUCGGUGACGUGUCCGGCGUCGCUCGAGUCGGCCAAACGGUGUCUGGACGAGGUGCGCGAGCAGCGUGCAGACUUCCAGGAAAUCCCGAUCGUGCUGGCCGGCAACAAAAUCGACAUGCCCGCCGUGCACCGUGAGGUGCGCAUGGACGACGUCACCAACUGGCUCUACUGCGAAAUGCCAAAGUUGAGAGUGAAAGUGAUGGAGUGCUCAGCGAAGGAGGACAGGAACAUCAAGGAGGUGUUCCGCAGCUACCUGACGCUGUCGAAAAUCAUUCCUGCGACGGAGGGCGGCGAGUCGAGCGCGGCGGGGGCCAGCGGGGGCAGUGGGGGCGGCGGAGGCCUGAAGAGGCGGUCGAGCGCGUACGUGAGCAACAAGGGCAACCGCAGGUCGGUGAGUCCGGCUGUGGGGGCGGGCGACGAGGCGGCUGGCGGCUCGUCGUCCAGCCUCGAGCCCACCGGCUUCAGCCGUUUCAAGCCGCGCAGCCGCUCGCUCAUCCGCCGCUCCAGCCGCAAGGCCAAGCAGCAGAUGCGCGACGCCAACGACGACUGCCACGUCUCCUAGACUUUAAUUUAGACAUGUAAAAAUAAAUAAAAAUUCCGAGGUCGCCAUACGACAAACGAACGAACGCACGUGAAAUAACCAGUGUGGCUGCAUAAAUUUCAAUGACACACACACACAAACAAACAAAAAAAUUGUACACCCAGCAAGGUUUUCGAACAACGCGAAUCGAUGUUUUUUGCUCCUCAUUUUUUGGUGUCGGCUGUCAACGUCUCGAUUCGAUAAUUUUGUGUCUUGUUCUGGGAAAAUAUUAUCAGAAAAAACUGGGUUUCUUAUAAAAAGUUCAGACGUGCUGCUGGAAAUUGAAAAUAUGUCCACGCAUAUAGUAAUAAAUACAAUAAAAUUUAUAAAAAGCAAAGAUCCUAAAAAGUGCCAAAAAUACGAAUUUUUUUAAUAAAGAAAAUAACAAUUUAAGGUCGGGAUACAAUUUUCUUGCUGAUUUUAAAUUUAAUUUUGGAAAUUUUCGUAUUAAUUACUGCUGAUUUAGUAAUAAAAAUCUUAAUAUAAAAUAAAAUUUAUCAAAACCGGCUCCAUCAAAUCGAUUAGUUUUAAGCCAAUAAAUUAAAGACCGUCUUUGACGAAAUUUCUGAGCACACCAAAUGAUUCUUGAGGGUCGAAUUGGGUAAAAUGGUGCUUUUUCCGACCAUAAAGUGCAGCACGACCUUUUCCCGCCAAAACAAUAUGAACCUGGUUUAUUUGUGACAAAUGCGCAGGUUGAUAUUGUUUUGGCGGGAAAAGUUCUACUUGAGCUACGCACGUCGUGCUGCAAUUUUUGGUCGGAAAAAUAUAUAAUUUACCUAAUUCGACCCUCAAGAAUCGAUUGGUGUGCUCAGAAAUUUCGUCAAAAACGAUCUUAAGCAUCAGAAAUUAAUUUUACAUCUCGCAGUUCCCUAAAAUAGUAAAUUAACAGUGGGGGACAUCUGUUCGUGGCUCAAAAUACAAAGUUAUUUUCUAAAUUGGCAAAUUAUAGGAUAAAACAAAAUUUCUUCUUUAAAAACUGACCAUUCCAACCAUUUUUACUACUUUGUAUUUUAUAAUAAGCCACAAAUAAGACAAAUGGAUUUGUAAAAAUAUAAAUCUUGGCCUUUCAGAGUCAAAAUAUUUUUAUUUAUCUAUCUAUUUACUAUUUAUUUAUUUUGUAAAUUCAAUAGCAAUUUUUUUUAUUAAUUUAUCAUCAGCAACAAAUUUAAUAUGAACUUUUUGUAAGAAAAUUUCAGUUAGGUUUACUUCCAUUUUAAAAUCACCCGAAUUCCGAACAGAGAACGUCGGCAGUGGUGCCGCAAACGAACUAUAAUUAUGCCUGGAACGUUGAAAACGCGGCCAACAGGGUAGAUUGGUAAUUUUAUCCGAGUGACGCAGGCACGAGUUGGGAUUAUCCACGGCGCAAAGUGUUCAUUUUGAAAUACUGAUUGGACGGCAGCAAGCAAUUUAUGUGGUAAUUAUUUCGAGGAAACGCGCACAAUCGUUUGUAAAUCUCUCUUUCGAACCUCUUCGUGCUUUCACAUAAUAUUGCACCAGGAAAAAAAUAUUGAUCAAAUAGCAAUUGACAUAUGGACGAAAUGAUAAUAUAUUAUCCAAUUGAUGCGGGAGUAAUUUUAAUAAUUAAUCAAAUUAUUUAUUAAUUUUAGAGUUUCUUUUUAUUAUUUAUGGCCGAUAAAAAAGAUUUGAAUAUUAAGAAAUCUCACAAAUUUUUAUUUUUUAUCAUUUUCAAAACAUUCCUGGUUUAUGUUUCUUUUCAGGAAGUUCUAAGUUAUUAAUGAUACCACUGAAUUUGGUCAUUUUAAAUUAAACUCUAGUUGAAAUUUUCCCCCUCAUCCCCAAACUCAAAAUAGAAAUAACUAAAUUAUAUUUAUGCGGGCCAUUGUAUUGGAUUAAAUAAAAUUAACAAAAAAUAUCGAACAAAUAUUUUCCUUAUUUAAAUUCCAUUUCUAUCUACAGAACAGAUUUUCCUAGCUUUUAAUGCCAAUAGGCGCUCUUCUCCUUCUCCACGAAAAAGAUAAACUCGAAAUUCGGGUCUAAGCGUUGCCAUAAUUCACGUCGUUCCCGGCAAAAGCGGUUCCGAUCAAUUUUCUCAGCACAAACUGCAGCGCAUCCUUCACAGCGAAAAAGCAGCAGCAGCUUCUUCCCUCUCUGUGAAUAAUUUUCGCAAUUUUCACCCUCUUGGCGCACCCCCUUGGGACGAAAAACUCAUGAAAUUCACAAACAGCAGCUGCCCGGGGGUUUAUCUUCUCAUAAUGGAAAAUACACCUCGUGGCGCGGCGAUGAAUGCGAAAUAAUAAUUUGGCAGCCACCCCCUUUAAAAACAUUGUUAAAUUUGCAUUUGGAUGAGUUUAACGGAUGGCUGGUGGAAUGGUAGAUUGCGUUGCACUCACACACUCGACGCUGUUGUUUGAUCGACUUGUCAAACGAGGUCGAAACCCUUCACUCCCUGUUUACAUGGAAAUUUAUUGUUGCUCGAGUGCAACGGCCUUUGAAGAGAGCACUGACAAUGGCUUCAUUAUUGAAUUGUCAUCGUCCGAGCGCCGACGAUGCGUUCACAAAAGACUAAUUGAUUUUAAUUAAAAUCAAAUGCAUUAACUCUACUUGCUUCAAAUUGGAAAAAAUGAAUUUAAACGGUAGAAUUGAUUCAAAUUAGUUAUUUUUUUAUAUUUUAUUAAGUUUAGGAUCCUAUACAUAAGAUUUUAAAUUUUUUUGCUAUCUUAUUAUAAUUUAAAUCUGUAUCUGUGCGGUAAAUGAAACAUGGAGUAAUUUUUGAAGAGUAUCACGGUAAUCAUUAUGAAAAUCCAGAUUAAUUUAUUUUAUACUUAAAAAGAUAUAUUUCACAAAAAGAAUUUUAGAUAUUUAACAAAAUAAUUGCAAAAAUGACAAGAAGUGGAAAAAUAAACACGUUUUAAAAUAAUACAAACUAUUUAAACGAGAAUUAAAAUUAGAAAAUAUUCUUAAAUCUUAAAUUUAAAAAAAAGAAAGUUUAAAGAGCAGUUUUAAGGGUGCUUAGCUAAUGUUAAAAUACAAAAUUCCAGAAUUAAUCAAGUAUCCAAGAGUACUGAAAAUCCAGGAGCUUUAAUUUUGUAUAUCUUUUCCUUAAAAUAUAAUAUUCGAGAGUACACUGCUGAAAGAACCCACUUUAAUAUUUCGCCGCGCAAGUAAAAAAUAAUUUUGUCCAAAAAAAGCAGGAAAAUUACUUUAAAAGCGUUUUUUUAUUAUUAUUAGUAUUUUGAGAGCAAGCAGAGCACUCAGUUUAUAAUGACCUUAGCCUCUCGCGCGGCCGGGAUUUUCUUAUUCAAAACUCACCGCGUAGAGUUCGGAAUAAAAGCUCGUCCCCAAGCAGUCAUUUGCUGCGGAGAAAGUUGAGUCUUUUCGAUUGCGCAAAAGUUUGUGUGCGAAACUCAAUUUUUCGUCGCGGCGCGCGUAAAAGCCUCCUGGAAACACUUUUAAAGUCGUGGAAAUGGGCGAGCGAGCGCGUAAUGAAAUAUGAAUUGUGCGCGCCAAAGAGGUCAAAGAAAUAAUAAACGAGAGAGAGAGAGAGAGAGAGAGAGAAGAGGGACGCUUAAAAUUCGCGUAUUUCUCGUCGCAAAAGGCAGCCUUGAAGUUCUUAAUUGAAAAGCGGCCCUUUUGUCUGCAAUAAUUGUUUUUCGCCAAACAAACGAGGCGGCUAUUGAGUUUAAUUAUGCAAACAUUUCGCUACUAAUCGAUUAAACCUUCAGAAAAGCGGGGAAGCUCUGGAAUUGUGUACGGAAAGAUUCGUUUGAUGGACAUGCGUGUGUGGCCGGCAUCAACGGGUAAAUUUCCGCCGCCAUAAAAGAAGCGUUUCCGGGAAAUGCUCUCAGCGGAUUUGUCGCUGGAGUGCUUUGUUAAUGACUUUGCAAAGAGAAAUAUCCGGUUUAGCGGUAUCACAGGAGACUCAAUCAAAUUAAAAACAGAAAACUUUGGAUUGGAGACUGCAGAAAUUGAUUAAUUUCGAAAGAAACAAUACCAUUGACAAAAAAGCCUCUAAAAUUUUGAUUGGCGGUAAAAUUAUCGGUUUUUUUUUAUUAAAGGAAUAAAAUACAAACUAGAAAAUCCUGUCUGAUUAACCAUAAAUUCAAAUUGCAUAAAAAUAAAUAAAAUUAUAGUUGCUAAAUUAUUGCCUAUCCUUUGCUUUUCAAACUCUAGUUUAGCACGAUAAAAAUUUAAAAUAAAAAAUCCACAUUUUGAAGGCCUACAAUAUUCCUCUGCUCCCAAAAAUAUAUUAAAUUUUAUUUUAAACAAUGGCUUUGGAGGUAAUUUAAAAAAAACAAAUCACAAACAUACACAAAACAACAAGGCAAAUUUGCAAUUAGUUAAACAAAAGUAAGGUCCAGUCGCAAUAAAGACAAAAAAAUUGCUCAUCAUCCUCGUUUUGUCUUUUUGUGACUUUAAAAAACUAAUUUCUAGCUUUUGCUGAGGGUUUUUUCUUUAUUAAAAGUCUCCACUCUGAAGCCAACGUUUCUCUCUUCCUUCAAAUCAUGAUCAUAUUUCACUAGAAAUUCAAAUUUCCGGCGUACCAAAUUUAAAUAAAGCCCCAAAGCGACCAAAAACAGAAUUUCAGCAGGGACAAGCAAGGAUGAAUUUCGCGAUGCGCAAUUUGCACGCACGAGGAGCGGCAGUUGUUGGAUCGUGAAACCCGAUCGGGCGGCGCAUGGCAUUUGAAUUGCCAUCAAAUUAUCCGUCAUGCAUAAUUGAGUCGUGCAAUAGAGCGAAACUCGGCGGCCGUCCUCGUGUUGAUUCAUUGUGGCCGGGAUUAGCAAAGUCAGCGCUGACAGGUACAAAGUGGACGCGUCGCCGGCGCUAAUUACUCAUCGGCCCGCAAGCGAUUAGCCGAAAUUCUCUCUCCCCGUGGUCGGUCCAUUUUUAGUCUCUAUCAGGCCGCAGGUGGCUAUUGAUUAAACGUUACCACAGCAAAAAUAAAAAUAUUAUUAGCAUAAAAGGAAUUUUUGUAGCCAUUAAAUGUUAAUUUAAAAAUACAUUUUUGCGCAACAUAUUUACUCAAAGUUUGUUUUAAAUUUAAUUUUAAAUGUUCUCUUCAAUCUGAACCGACAUUAAUGCUAAAUUUACAUUUUGAUUGUGAGUUUUUUUUUGGUUAGAAAAAAAUAAUAAUAAUAAACGAGAGAACAGUUCUUAAAAUUCAUAGAAAAUAAAUUUCCCUUCGCUCUCGGAACUACUAGUGUUUUUCCCUUAAAUAAAAUACAAUUACAUCCCUCAGCCGCCCUUCCUUCCUAAACCGAUCGAGCGAAAAACAACAAAGCGCAGCCGCCUACACCUUAUGUUUCGCUAUGAAACUUUGCCGGGCGGAACGGUUGCGGUUUCACUACUGUUUGGUCAGUUGCUGCCUUUUCCCAGCGCAAGUGAAUUAUGAUUAGGCACCGUCCCAAG